GAGCUCUACAAGUUGGCGGGGUUGGAGCUGCAGGAACUUGGCCUCAAAGCUGCUGCGCUGGUUCUCCGGCGGUGGGAAGUUUUGGAUCAGUUGCCCAACGCAGCGGUGGAGUCCGAGUACGCUGCCUUGGACUUGCCUGACGCGCAGCCAGGCGAGCAGCGAGCGCGCUUGA